AUGGAGCUGCAGUGCCUGGAGGUGAAAAAAACAACACAUGAUAAGAAUUGUUGUACUUGUAGGAAGGAUAUGGUGAAGAUAUCAAUGGAUGUAUUUGUGCAGUUCCUUCAGCCUGAUCGCUACGAGCUAUGGAAAAACGGCAAAGACAUUGUCACUAUUGACCACAACAAGCCAACCGCUCUAUCAAGUCCUGAGAUGGAUGACUGGCUGGAACGGAAAGCAUCAUUAAAGGCAAAAAGUAUUAGAAGAUCCCAUCGGCGAAGAACCCAGACCAGGAGGCAGAAAACAGAAGACCAAAGAAUACUGAGUGAACCAGCUGCUGAAGAAACUCCUGGAAAAGAUGUGACAGAAGAUGACACCAAAAUCAAAGAGGAACACAAAAGAACAAUGGACACAGAAGAGCACAGCAAACCCAGCAAAGUUACAAUCUUGGAGCUAGACCAAGGUGACUUCACAGAUGAUUUAUUUAAUCACCAUUUUUCAGCUAAUGGCAAGCCACUGAAAACAUAUUCACGUUCCUCUAAAUCCAAAAGUGACAAGAAAAAGAAACGUGUGGAAACAGACACCAUAGCAGCAAUCUCAACUGACGGUACUGAACCUACUGAACCAUCCAAAGCAGAAUCAUCCCAGGCAGAUUCUCCAUCUGCAUCAGCAAGUAUGCAAUCAGACAGUUUUACUGCUGAAGAUGAAUUUAAACCCAGAGCUAAAGCUACCAUGAUGUAUGUGCUACCUAAAUCAAAGAAGGUGGUGUUCGACAAGGAGCACAUGUCCUGUCAGCAGGCUUUUGAGCAGUUUGCCACCAGGAACAAACUACCAAUGUGGAAGGAAUCAGAGAUGAGCAAUGACGGAGUAACCAUGGAGGAGGAGGCGAGUGACCAUGAAAGUGUGGAUGUCAGUUUUGAAACUACUGAAGUGCAGGUGCCCCCAGAUUAUCCAAAGUUGAAGAAGGAGAUCACAAAGAGUCGGCGCCAUCCCUUCAGCAAGCCCCCAGCUAGGUCUCCAUUGUCUGUUGUCAAACUGGAAACAUCCAGUGAUGAGGAAAUACCUUUUUUCUCCGGUGAAGAAGAUCAGAGUGAACCAGAGGCCUGGAAGUCACCACUCACCCACCUUUGGCAAAGUCGAUCAUAUAAUUUCUUGGCCGAAAGGAAAUUUAAUGCAUCUGCUGCACUAACUGAGCCCUACUGUGCAAUCUGUACUCUCUUCUAUCCCUAUUACCAGCCUGAAAGAGAUACUGUUCAGGACACUUUUGCAGCAGAUGGAAAUUCCUGGAAAAUAACUGCUAAGGUUGGGCAAAAGACAAAGCCAAUCAUCCCAGAAAUGUGUUUCACGUCAGGUGGAGAAAACACGGAGCCUUUACCAACAAAUUCGUACAUUGGUGAUGAUGGGACCAGCUUGCUCAUUUCCUGUUCAAAAUGCUGUCUUCAGGUGCAUGCUAGUUGUUAUGGCAUUCAACCAGAUUUGGUCAAACACGGUUGGACUUGCUCACGAUGUACAGCCAAUGCCUGGACAGCAGAUUGUUGUUUGUGCAAUUUGAGAGGUGGGGCACUGAAAAGCACCACAGAUAAAAGAUGGGUCCAUGUGAUCUGUGCAAUAGCAGUCCCAGAGGUGAAGUUUUUGAAUGUGUUGGAACGGAAUCCAGUUGAUGUCUCUGGGAUUCCAGAACAAAGACGAAAAUUGAAAUGUGUGUACUGCAGAAAAAAAGUGAAGAGCUUCUCAGGGGCCUGUAUCCAGUGUUCCUAUGAACAUUGUUCUACGUCAUUUCAUGUGACAUGUGCUCAUGCUGCAGGGGUUGUAAUGGAACCAGACGACUGGCCGUAUGUUGUGUCUAUCAUCUGUUUCAAGCACAAAACAACCACUCAGAAUCAAAGCCAAGAUCAUUGGCUCAUCUCAGUAGGUCAGACAGUCAUCGCAAAAAAUCGAAAUGGACUUUACUACAAGUGCAAAGUGAUUGGAACUUCUGCGCAGACCUUUUAUGAAAUUAAUUUUGAAGAUGGAUCUUACAGUGACAAUGUAUACCCAGAAAAUGUUGUUGUAAGUUGCCACUGA